AUGGCACACAGCGCAGUUCACAACUUUUGCACGUCACAAAAGGCCGUUGGUCUUACCGGGCCAGCCAUGCAGUCCAAUCAUCGUGGAGCCCACCUAUUAGGCGAAGAACUCUACAACAAUCUCAUUACCUACCUCCACAAGCACCUCGAGGAACUUGUUGAGGCAUCGAAAUCGCACACCGACGAGGCACUGCUGGCAUACUACAUCAAGGAAUGGAACCGAUACACCAAUGCGGCAAAAUACAUCCAUCAUCUCUUCCGAUACUUGAACCGUCACUGGGUCAAGAGAGAAAUCGAUGAAGGGAAAAAGAACGUUUACGAUGUCUACACUCUCCACCUCGUACAGUGGCGCAAGGUUCUGUUCGAGCAGGUCUCGGGAAAGGUAAUGGACGCCGUUUUGAAGCUGGUGGAGAAGCAGCGAAACGGCGAGACAAUUGAGCACAACCAGAUCAAACAAGUUGUCGACUCCUUUGUGUCCCUUGGUCUGGAUGAAGCUGACAUGUCGAGAUCUACGUUGGACGUUUACCGCUACCACUUCGAGCGGCCCUUUCUGGAAGCCACCGCAGAAUUUUACACGGCAGAAUCUAAGCAGUUUGUUGCCGAAAACAGUGUUGUUGAGUAUAUGAAAAAGGCUGAGGCGCGACUGGCCGAAGAGGAGGAAAGAGUCCGCAUGUAUCUGCACCAGGACAUCGCUGUGCCAUUGAAGAAGACUUGCAACACAGCGUUGAUUGCCGAACACUCGACACUGCUGCGGGAAGAGUUCCAGGUCCUCUUGGACAAUGAGCGAGAGGAAGAUAUGGCGAGAAUGUACAGCCUUCUCUCCAGGAUUCCCGACGGUCUGGACCCGUUGCGGACUAAAUUUGAAAAGCAUGUGCUCAAAGCUGGUCUCGCCGCUGUCCAGAAGGUACAGUCUUCCGAAGGCGACAGGCUUGAACCCAAAGUGUACGUGGACGCGCUACUCGAGGUGCAUUCACAAUAUCAAUUAUUGGUCAAGCAAGCAUUUAAUGACGAGCCCGAGUUCACGCGCUCGCUGGACAACGCGUGCCGGGAGUUCGUCAACCGCAACGAAGUAUGCAAGGACACUUCCACAAAGUCGCCGGAGCUACUAGCCAAGUACACGGACGUCCUGCUCCGCAAGAGCAGCACCAGUAUAGAAGAGGGCGACUUGGAGCGAACAUUGACCCAGAUCAUGACCGUUUUCAAAUAUAUCGAGGACAAGGACGUAUUCCAGAAGUAUUACUCCCGGAUGCUGGCCCGACGUCUCGUCCAUAGCAACUCAUCAUCGGACGACGCUGAAACUAGCAUGAUCAGCAAGCUCAAGGAGGCCUGCGGCUUUGAAUAUACAAACAAGCUGCAACGCAUGUUCCAGGACAUGCAGAUCUCGAAGGACCUGAACAAAGACUUCCGCGGUCACCUGGAAAGCGUUGACUCGCUCAAAACCGUCGAUUCAACCUUUUCCAUUCUCGGUACCGGUUUCUGGCCACUGCAGGCCCCAUCAACGCACUUCCACCCGCCCGUGGAAAUUGCGACAGAGAUUGAGCGCUUCACGCGGUUCUACAAGCACAAGCAUGACGGGCGCAAGCUGACGUGGUUAUGGCAUUUGUGCAAAGGCGAAGUCAGGGCGGGAUAUUGCAAGAACAGCAAAACGCCAUUCACGUUCCAGGUUUCAAUCUACCAAAUGGCUAUUCUUUUACUAUUCAACGAGAAGGACACCUACACAUAUGACAACAUGGUCACCGCAACACAGCUGAGCACCGAGGUUUUGGAUCAAGCGCUGGCCGUCAUCCUAAAGGCCAAAGUGCUGUUGAUGGAUGGUGGCUCAGGCGAAAAGCCUGGGCCAGGGAGGUCCUUUAGCCUCAACUACGAGUUCAAGAGCAAAAAGAUCCGGGUCAAUCUCAAUUUGGGCGGGGUGAAGGAGGCCAAACAGGAAGAGACCGAGACUAACAAGACCAUUGAGGAGGACCGCAAGCUAGUCCUUCAGUCGGCCAUUGUCCGAAUCAUGAAGGCACGAAAGAAGAUGAAGCACACGCAGCUGGUGAGCGAAACCAUCAACCAGAUUCGCUCGAGAUUUGUCCCCAAAGUUGGGGAUAUUAAGAAAUGUAUUGAGAUCCUCCUGGACAAGGAGUACCUUGAACGCUUGGAUGACGACGAGCUGGGCUACCUUGCAUAA